AUGUCGCCCAAUGUGCCAUACACGAAAGGUCCGUAUCAACCAGUGUGGAAUGCGUUCAGCGACGGCGCGUACUACAUUCCUGAAAUCGGAGGCAUCGACCUGUUCGUCGCCGCAAGUGUGCUGAACCUGCCGUCGCCAGUCGUCAUCGUCUCGUUCGUUCCAGCCACUGUUGCUGCAGUCAAGACGGCCAUCACCACGCUUCAUGAUUCCGGUGGGCGGCUCUACUUCAUCGUCAACACGCCGCCGCAAGGGUGCAACCCGGCGCAGCUGACGCAGUUCCCCAACCGGGCCAAGGACGCGCUCCUGUGCGUGGAUGACAUCAACGCCUGCUGCAAAGCGGCCCUCAACGCCAUCAACCGCGCUUACAGGGCCGCUUUGCAGCAGGCGCUCGAGGACCUGCGGACGCGCUCGGUGGCGAUGGCACGCAGAUCUUCCUCAUGGAUAACUAUAAUGCCAGCAUUGAGAUCUUCACCAACCCGUCGAACUAUGGUAAGUUUCACCCAACACUCUCACAAACCAAAUUAUCCACAGGCAGUUUCAUAAUGAUAUUUUUUUGGCAGGGUUUACCAACACUCUGCAGGCGUGUUGUGGCUCCGGAGGACCCUACAACUACAACUCGGCCUUCACGUGCGGCAACAUCGGGUCGCGCUGCCAGGGGCAGUCGGCGUGCGCGACGCCCGGAAGCUACGUUUCCUGGGAUGGGAUUCGUUACACUGACGCAUUCUACAGACAGAUUGCCAAGUUCUUCCUCAAUGGGCAGUUUAUCACUCCAGCUUUGAAUCUCACCGCGGAGUGUCGCCUAAAAUUUGAUGAUUUUUAUAAAAGCAGCUGAUCGAGUUGGGUAACAUUAUGGUUGUCAGUAAUUGUCAGUAGAGGCAGCCUUCACAGGUUUACGGAUGAAUAGGUCUCAACAGGGUAUUAGAGUAGUAUCACCUGAGUAUUGCGUAGAUAUUAGUCGAGAAGUGGACUUCUACAAAACCAGAUGGACUUCUACCGCGGCCACCGCUUGUUAUUGCUGCCUCAAAUCUAAAUGCAAAAGAUCACAUUACUUCAUUACA